UACGACCAAUUGGUAAACAACCUAUCCUGCUUUACGGCAGAGCUUAAUCUUUACGCUAGAGAGUGGCAACAGUACAUAUUGCAUCUAAACUGCUAACAUACUGUCUAAAGAGUGCUGCAUAGGCAAUGCGCUUUGGACUGCCUGCCACAGAAGGAUUGCAGGCUGGUGGACCUCUGAGGGCAUUCUUUGUGAUUGCGUUGCUUAGCGUGUUGAUGCUCACGCUGCUGAGGACUGUGGGAUUGAGAGCAUUCUCCAUGGCAUCUGAGACCUACAUGUCGGGCACACACUCCGCUGCCUUCGUCACCUGCCCCAACGAACAGGUGGCCAAAGAUCUGGCCAGAUAUGAGUGGCAGGGGAAGGUCCAGGAGGAUAGUGAAGUGUUGCUGAUGAUAAAGACCAGAAGUUCUAAGGUUGCAUCUCUAGCAGAAUAUGUUAGGUCCAACCACCCGUAUGAAGUAGCAGAGGUCAUCAGCCUACCCAUAGAGCAGGGCAACCCACCCUACCUCAAGUGGCUUGGUGACGCUGUACCAGAAUGAUGGGUGGAUGGAGAGAGGAAGGGAUAGGUGGAUGGACAGAGGGAGGCUGCGAGAAAUGUAUUUGGAAUAAUUAAAAUCUGCAGAAAUGUGACUAAAAUGUAUUUUUACUGUUUCAGUGUUGUCCUGGUUUUGACCAAUAGAGGGAUGCAGUGAACGGGUCUACCUACAGUCAGGUCCAAAAUGAUUGGCACAUUGAUAAAGACGAGAAAAAAAGCUGUAUAAAAAAUAAAUACUACUAGUACUGAGUGUUAUUGUAUCAUAUAUUUUAUGCUAAUAAAGAUGGGGGUCAGAAUGAUUGUUUUCAAACCCACACCCUGUGAGGAUAACAGCACAGAGCCUUUUUGUCAAAUAUUUUUACGAUUGGAGAACACGUUGGAGGGGCCUUGCAGUCCUCCAUACAGAGUCUUUAAGGAUCCUUGCUAUCGUUUGUCUGCUCUUAUGGACUGCCCAUGGGGUUAUUUAUGGCUUACGCAUCUUUUUUUCAACUCAAAACCCACCACUGGUGUGCGUGACCAAAGAGCUCUAUUUUUAUGUCAUCCAACAGAUGUAAACACCACUGGCACAUGGACUGGAUCUGGUGCUUUAUCCUCGCAAGGGGAGGUGUUGAAAACAGGGGCGCCAAUCAUUUUAGCAAAAAGAUAGAGGCGAGACAAAUAUUACUUCUCAAAAUGUCUUUCUCUGAGCGGAUUAGUAUAACAUGAUAUAAUAACUGAGCAUAUAAUACAGCUCAUUAUUUGAAUUAUUUAAUUUAUACAGACUUUUUUUGCUCAUUUUUAUCAAGGGUGCCAAUAAUUUUAGACUUGACUAUUUCCCUACCUUACUGCCUCAGGCUCGUCAUAGAUCAGGGGUGUCAAUAAUUUUAGACCUGACUAUUUCCCUACGUUACUACCUCAGGCUCGUCAUAGAUCAGGGGUGUCAAUAAUUUGAGACCUGACUAUUUCCCUACGUUACUGCCUCAGGCUCGUCAUAGAUCAGGGGUGUCAAUAAUUUUAGACCUGACUAUUUCCCUACGUUACUGCCUCAGGCUCGUCAUAAAUCAGGGGUGUCAAUAAUUUGAGACCUGACUAUUUCCCUACGUUACUGCCUCAGGCUCGUCAUAGAUCAGGGGUGUCAAUAAUUUUAGACCUGACUAUUUCCCUACGUUACUGCCUCAGGCUCGUCAUAGAUCAGGGGUGUCAAUAAUUUGAGACCUGACUAUUUCCCUGCGU